CAAUUCUCUCCUUUGCAGCCGUCCAGCACGAACGCGGUCCAAGAAAACCGAAACUGCAGCAGAUGCCGGGCGGUACCAGUUCUUCGCAUCAUCAAUCCGGUUCCAGCAUGGGCAGCCAUCCGCUUCAGUUACCUUUGCCUGAAGGUUCCGCCAGUAAAAUCACCCCAACUUCCGGAACUUUUCAAUUUACCCAUAGCAGUCUCUUUGUUCCUCCGCAUCAUCCUCUGAAGGUGCUCACAUUUCCUCCACCAUCUUCAGUCGGAAGUCCACCGGGUCAUUUGGAGAAUGGCAGUUCGAUACCGCCGCAUUUGUUUCAUCAUCCGCAUUUACCACCACCACCACCUGGACUUCUGCAUGUCUUGAUGUCAGCAGAAAAAUGCCAGGAGUUGGUUUGGGGAACAAAACUUUCCCAAUUAGAAUCAUCCGCAUCUGAAUCCAGCAGCGGCCUAAGUAUGUCCAGUCCAGGAUUACCAUUGCCACAAAUGAGCCCCACUUUGCCUCCGCCGCUGCCUCUGAUGCCUACUUGGGAGAUGCUUCAGGUAAAAUCACAAAAUCCUCUACUCGAAAAAAAAUAUUACCCAUGA